CUUUUCUGUCAUCUCUGUCCGUUCCCUUUUUCUUUUCUUCCCCUAAAUUUUCGUUUUGAUUUCGAAUUCAAACUCCGGUAACCCAAAGAAUUCUUUGAUUAAAAGUUCUUUUCGCUUACGUUUUUGUAAUUAGGAAUGACGGGAAGUGCUUUAAUUAAGCUGAGACCAUGGCAGCAGGCGGCGGUUGCGGUAGGUUCGGCGAUGGGUGCGUUAUUCGAUCCACGAAGGGCGGAUUUAAUAGCUGCUUUAGGGGAGACAACUGGAAAGCCUGCUUUUGAAAGGGUUCUUGAGAGAAUGAAAAGGAGCCCCGAAGGCAGAGCUGUGCUCCUUGAGCGGCCACGUGUUAUAUCUGCGAAUGUAGGUCAUGCAUGGGACCUACCGGAGAACACUUUUGGUGCUGCAUAUGCAAGGUUCAUGGGAUCAAGGAAUUUUUCCCCCGACGACAGGCCACCGGUGCGGUUCAUGGACACAGAUGAACUUGCAUACGUGGCUAUGCGGGCUCGCGAGGUGCAUGACUUCUGGCAUACCCUUUUCGGUCUUCCUACCAACUUGAUUGGUGAAUCUGCAUUGAAGGUUAUUGAGUUUGAGCAAAUGCAUCUCCCAAUGUGCCUGCUUUCAGUUGUUGGGGGGACAUCAAGGUUUAACCAGAAACAAAGAUCAUUGUUCUUCCAGCAUUAUUUCCCAUGGGCUGUCAAGGCUGGUUUUCAGUGCACCGAUCUCAUGUGUGUAUUCUACGAGCAGCACUUUCAUGAAGAUUUGGAGGAUGUUCAAAGGAAAUGGGGGAUAAUUCCAGCUCCAGUUGCCCCUAAAUAAAUUAUUAGCCGAGAACCACUCGCGUAGUUGCAGGUUUGGUAUCCUAGCAGCACUUUUCCCUCCACCCCAAGUUUUUUUUCUUGAAUAGAUCCACCAACUGCAAUUUUCUGGACUAUUUUAGCACUUGACAUCAAAGAAAAAAAAAUUCACCAUGUACAAUUUUCCAUU